AUUCUCUAGCGUUUUCUUUUACGUAUGAUCAGGGUACGCUUCGUGAAUGGCAAAAUACAUUCCCUGUUCGAAUCAUCUGUAAUCUAAGAUAACUUGUAUUCGCAAACGAAUAAUCGCAUUACAACCUCUUGUUCAUCGUUACUUUGUCAGGAUUCUCUAGUCCGUUCGCAUCAUAAAUUCGGUGUAGACAGGUGUAAACACAAUGGCGUGCCGCGCUUCUGGUUUCGUUAUAUUUCGUCGUAUUCAAGGAGCGAUAGAAUACCUUCUAAUGCAAGUUUCUUAUGGCGAACAUCAUUGGACACCGCCAAAAGGUCAUGUUGAUCCCGGUGAAUCAGAUAUGGAAACCGCACUGCGUGAAACGGAAGAGGAAGCUGGUUUCAUAGCCAGCGAUUUAAAGAUUUUCAAUGAUGCAAAACAAGAAUUAAAAUACGAGGUAAAGGGAAAACCGAAAAUUGUCGUUUAUUGGCUAGCAGAACUAUUAAAUCCCGACAAACCUGUUCGGUUAUCCCACGAACAUCAAGCUUUCAAGUGGCUUCCGCUCGAGGAAGCUUGCUCCGUAGCAAAAUACGAAGAUAUGCAGAAAAUGUUGAAAUAUUUCAACGACUAUAUACUUAAAAAUCUGUCUUAAUAUAGUGUUUUAUAAAUGUAUAUAAGUACGUACAACUUUAUAUAUCAAAAUAUGUACGUAUAAUAAUAAUUAUCCAACUGUACACUAA